UUGUUAAGUUUUAUAAUUUAUAUUAUACUCUGACUGAACCCUUUACACCGCUUUUCAUCUGACCCCAUCUGAUUGACAUGAACAUACUCAUUUAACAUUGUUCUUAUCUGUUUAACAAUGUAAUUUUAAAUUUCAGUAACAAAUAAUGAGCACAUCAAGGGGUAAUACAUUUAGGAAGAGACCCCAAAAGUAUCAGAAUAAAACAGCAUUUAAAAAUGAUUUACAUGAUACAAGCCACAAAACAAAAUUAAUGAAUACAUUAGAAAUAACAGGAGUUUGUAACAGAUGUAAGGAUAAAAUUGAAUGGAAAAUCAAAUACAAAAAAUAUAAACCACUUACUGCACCUAGAAAAUGCACAGAUUGUCAACAAAAAACAAUCAAACAUGCAUAUCAUUUAUUAUGCAAUAAGUGUUCGACAGACAAAAAAGUAUGUGCAAAAUGCUGUAAGUCUUUAAAUGAUAUUCAUUUAGAAGAUGACCAUGUUGCUUCAGAUAUUCAAGCAAUGUUGAAAGGUAUUCCAGAGAGAAAAAGGCGUACUAUUUUAAGGUUCAUUAAUAAACAUCAAAAAGAUCAACAAGGACUUACACCAGAGGUAAAAGCAGAAGUCGAAAACAUUUUACGUAGUAUUGAUAAGGUGUCAUUAGAGGAAGAAUUUGAUGAUUUUUCUAGUGAUGAGGAUGAGGACUGUCUAGAUGAAAGUGAUUCUCAUCAUGAGUAA